UGAGCUUACGUGAGUCCAUAAUUAUACAAUUGGCCGGGAGUCAACUCAGUAUUGAAUUCGCCUUCGACAUGAAUAGUCGUGGUUACAGACUGUGGCCAAUGGUCAUCCUGCCGUUGCUGACCUGGCUAGGCAGCUCCGAGUGUCUUGAUUAUCGGCUCGGAAUCAGUGUAAAACCAUCUUUCUACAACCUGCGCAUAAGUGUUCAACAGGAUGUUUUAAAUCCAGCUGCGCCAUCUUAUAAAUUCGAUGGCGAUGUCGAAAUCACCCUGCAGUCUGUGGAUGCGGAUGUGUCUCAAAUAACACUACACAAGGACGACAUUGACAUAACAACUUGUGGACUCUACACAAAAGGAGAGUUGGUGGAGAACAUUGCGAUCCAAACGAUGUCAUUUGAGCAGGCAACUCAGCAGCUAACUGUGCCCCUGACUCAGGCAUUAGUUGUCAAUCAGGACUAUUUGUUGAAAUUCAAGUACACGGGAAAAGUACAGACUCGUCCGGAGGGCCUGUUCUCCAGCAGCUACCUGGAUGAAGAGACGAACACAAGCAAAAUGGUGCUGAUAACUCACAUGCAGGCCAUCAAUGCACGCCUCGUUUUGCCCUGCUUUGACGAACCAAUCUUCAAGGCCAAGUUCCAGGUGACCAUUGAACGGCCAAGUGGAUUUAAUGCAAUCAGCAACACAAAACUGAUUAAAACCACAGACGAGGGCAACAAUCGGUUUGCGGAUCAGUUUGAUGUAACUCCCAUAAUGUCCAGCUAUCUAUUGGCCUUCAUCAUAUCCGAGUAUAAGGCACGGGGCAAUAGCACUCUGGCCAUUUAUACAAGACCGUCGUACUACGACCACACCUCGUUCAGCUACAGUGUGGCUGAAAGGGCGCUUCCCGCAUUCAAUGAGCUGUUCCAGCAGCCCUACCAGGAACUGGGCAACGAAGUGUUCCAGUAUGCGACAACUCCAAUCUUUCGCCACAACAGUAUGGAGAACUGGGGCUUAGUAAUUUUCAAAGAUAAGGUUGUUCUGGAAGAGCCUGGCUACACGGACGGCUGGGCACAGAAGGAGUUCACCAUUCGCAACAUAGUCCACGAAAAUGCGCACAUGUGGUUUGGCAACAGUGUCACGAUCGCCUGGUGGGGUUUCUUUUGGAUGCAAGAGGGAUUGGCUCGCUACUAUGAGUUCUUCAUUGGACACGAGUUAUACCCGGAGUAUCAGUUGGACCAACAAUUUGUUGUGCACAAACUUCAGCAUAUCCUUACGACCGACUCUCUAUAUGGCACACAGCCCUUGACCAGCGGGGAAUGGAGAGUUCAAACCCCCGAUGAAAUCUACAACAAGUUUUCGAGCAUUUCAUUUGCGAAGGGAGCCAGCUUUAUUCGCAUGUGCCGAAAUGCGAUGGGCAGCGAAAACUUUGACAGAGCCGUACAAAACUAUCUGAAGGAGUACCAUUUGCAAAACACAUACCCCAGCCAAUUUGUUGCCCAUCUCAAAUCAAACUGGAAUGGCUUUGAAUCCGACUUGGAUAGCUUCUUCGGUUCCUUCACAGUUCAGGAAGGUUACCCUGUGAUACUUGUUAAACUUGAAGAGAGUGGCUAUAGCGUCUUCUUCGAGCAGCAGCGCUUUCUGCUCAAUCCCAAAGACGGCAGCGAUGUCGCAUUGACGUAUACGGUGCCCAUCACCUUUGCCACAAAUCAAUCGCCCGACUUUGAAGAUUUGACUCCACAGUUUUUCAUGUAUGCUGGAAUGUAUAAGCAAACGUUUGACAAGCCAAUUGAGUGGAUUAUCGUUAAUAAAAAGCAGUCCAACUACCAUCGAGUAAAGUAUACAGAACCGCUGGUGGGCCGUAUCCAAAAGGCACUGACAGAGAUCAAUCACAGUUAUAUUCCCGUCGAGAAUCGUGCAGCUCUCGUCGAUGAUCUUUUCAACUUUGCCCACGCGGAUAUGAUUGACUACGUCGAUGUACUUAAAUUUAUGGAGUAUAUGAGCACAGAAACCGAUUACAUUCCAUGGUAUGCGGCCUAUGAGGGCUUGACACGGGUCUCAAAGCGUUUAACACCACAGCAGCUGCCCAAUUUCAACAAAUAUCUGAGUGAUAUCACAGCUGCGGUCUACAAUAAGCUCGGAGUGAGCUGGAGCUCCAAUGAUAAGGUGCUCGAUGUCUACAAUCGCAACCUACAGGUGGCCUGGCUCUGCAAAUACCAAUCGGAGGACUGCAACAACCAGGUGCGGCAAAAGUUCGAAGCCGACUCUGAGAAACCAACGCCCGACUAUCGAGAGAUCUUCUACUGUGCAGCCUCACGAGCCGGUGGAUAUGACCGCGUCCUGCAGUAUUAUGAGAAAGAAACUAACGCCAUAGAUCGAGAACCUCUUUUGCGCGCCUCCAGCUGCACGAGAGAUUAUCGGACGCACUACCAUAACCAGAUUAUAGGCACUGGCAGCGGUAACGACGUUUCUCUCAAACUUAUCGCCCUCGCUCAGCUGUACGAGCAGAAUCCCGACUUGAUAACUCCCAUUUUCCAAAUGGUAACCGAGGACAUCACCCAGUUGGCAAAUGCUUUGGAUAGCUGGCCGAAGACAGCCCAGGCGCUGAGCGAUAUGGCGGACUAUUUCACUACGAGUGAGCAGCGGACGCUGCUCUCCGACUUCUACAGUGAGAAAUAUGCGCUGUUCGGCAGCUCAGCGGAGAUUCUUAGCAAGGCGCUGACCAAUGUGGACUCGAAUCUGGACUGGGCCGCAAAGCGUUUGGGCGAUCUCAAUAAGUAUUUGGCACAGAGGAACGGUGCUGCUGGACUCGCGACGACGUCGCUGCUAAUGUUGAUGAUGUCGACACUGGUCAGUUUUGUGCUUAAGCAGCAGUGAUUUGUGCAUAGAAAUGUGGGCAAAUAAAUGAGCUGCUGUUCGAGACGCAGCGGGAUAAAUGGUG